AAACACGGGGGUUUAUUGAAAGUUGGGCAUCACGGCGCGACGUUGCUUCGAUAGAGUAAAACGGUGUCGAGUUACCAAUGGGGCGAUCUGAUGUGCGAUAUGAUGGACAGAAGAAAUACAUAAGUUCUCGGAUGUAUCUGGCACAUGAAACCGACUUUCUCAAUUUGCCAACUCUCUUCAGUGACACCGGUACCACUGUGCCAAUGAGUCCAAAGACCAUUGCUGCAGUAAGAGCAGGUGAUGAAAUUUACGUGAGAGAUAUGACAAUUGAUGUUGAGCUUGCUCUAAGCUCAGUGAACGAUCAUGGAAAUACAAUGCUUCAUCUUGCAGCGGCCGCGGGUCACACCAGCCUUGUGUGUUAUAUACUCUACGCGUACCCAGGUCUUCUAAUGAAGUCAAACCUAAUGGGCGAAGUCGCUCUCCAUGUUGCAGCAGGCGCAGGGCAUCUUGAUGUUGUUGAGGCUCUGGUUAGUUACAUUAAUGAUAAAAUCACACGUGCUGUUGCCAAAAAGAUAUAUUUUGCUAAGAAUAGAAACGAAGACAAUGCUUUACAUGUUGCCUUAAAAAGGAAACAUGUUAAGGUGGCUUCCUGUUUGGUUUCUGCAGAGCAAUGUUUGUCUUUUGUUCCAAACAAGGAUGGGUUUUCUCCCUUGUAUUUAGCCAUUGAAGCUGGACAGGCAGAUCUUGCGAAACAUAUGUGGAAACAUUCAAAUAAUGGAUCAAGUAGCACAUAUUGUUUAGCUUCAAAGGUAGGAGGAAGAUCCAUAGUUCAUGGCGCUAUGAAGGCUAAGAGAAAAGAUCUCAUUGCUGCUAUACUUAAUGAAGAUGCAAGUCUUAUUAACUUGAGAUAUGAAGGAAGAACUUGUCUUUCUUUUGGUGCAUCCAUUGGAUAUUAUGAAGGGGUUUACUAUCUGUUAGACAAAUCUAUAGACAGUGUUUAUGUCAGCGAUGAUGAUGGCUCCUUUCCGAUUCAUAUGGCCGCGAAGUAUGGACAUGUCAAAAUUCUUAAGGCAAUCCUUAAGCGUUGUCCAGAUGCACUUGAGUUGCUUGACAUAGACGGUCAAAACAUUCUUCAUGUUGCAGCAAAAAAUGGAAAAGCCGAAGUCAUCAAGUUUAUCUUAAGAUGUUAUAAGGAUAAGAACAAGGAAAAGUUGAUUAACGAAGAAGAUGUGAAUGGAAACACUCCAUUGCACUUGGCCACCAAAAAUUGGCACCCUAAAGUUGUCAGUAUGCUUACUUGGGAUAACAGAGUUGACUUGGAAACACUGAACCAUAACGGUCUCACAGCUAUAGAUGUCGCUGAGGGGAACAUGGAUUCGAGCUACACAUUUUUUCAGAGGUUGACUUGGAUGGCACUGAUAUCUGCUGGUGCACCAAGUGGUCCCAACCCAAUAAUAUCCACUCCCGUAACAGACAAUCCAGACGGUGGGAAGCACAAAGAUCGGAUCAAUACUCUUCUUUUGGUGGCCACUCUUGUAGCCACAAUGACUUUCACUGCAGGGUUUACACUUCCAGGGGGUUACAAUGGUUCUGCUCCCAACUUGGGGAUGGCAACUUUGGCCAAGAAAACAGCUUUCCAAGUGUUUCUUCUAUUUGACACCUUGGCGAUGUACUGUUCUAUCGUAGCGGUAGUUGCUCUCAUUUGGGCACAUUUGGGAGAUAUUUCCCUCAUAAUGAAAGCGUUCAAUCUUGCAUUGCCACUUCUCGGGUUUGCGCUUAUAUCUAUGUCGAUAGCAUUUAUGGCUGGAACUCAUGCUUCAAUAAGCCACCUCCCCUUUCUUGCAUAUUUCAUAUUAGGCAUCGGCCUGUUCUUCCUAUUGGCUUUACUGCUGAUCAUUAUUCCUUAUGUGUCCCCGCAUUAUACUACGAAACUCUUUCUUCGACACAUGUUUUACUGCCCCUAUUUCCUUAUGCUUUUAGCCGCUGGUGACAACCGCAACAAUGAUUGAAAGAAUCCGGAAAUCA